AUGGAAGCAGAAGCCUUUGUCUCGAAGGAUAUCAAUCACCUUCUAGAUAUUGGCCUCUCUGUCAUUCCUAGAGAUUCUCUCAUUGCCCGUGUGAUAGGCAAAGUUCGAGAUUGGGUCGCAGAAGAUGGAGACUGGAUGAAGACUCGCCAGCGUAUAGAGGAUUCACAUGGGUAUGACAAGUUCCAUGGAGUAUGUCACGUCAUCCCUAAUCAUGCCAUUAUGGUAAUGGCUGUACUCUACGCCAGUACCGAUUUCGACGAGGCCAUGCACAUUAUCAAUACUUGCGGCUGGGACACGGAUUGCAACUCUGGUAACGUGGGCUGUCUUGUAGCCACGAUGCUCGGACUCUCUGCAUUCCAGGGACCGUAUGACUGGCGAGGCCCUUUGGCAGAUCGUGCUCUCAUCUCAAGCGCGGAUGGUGGGUAUUCUAUCAACAAUGCUGUCCGAAUCUCAUACGAUAUCGCAAACAUUGGCCGACGUCUGGCUGGUUAUAAAACACUUGAGCCUCCUAAAGGUGGUGCGCAAUUCCAUUUUAGCCUCCCAGGAAGUACCCAAGGCUUUCAACUUUCACGACCGUCUGGUGCUCAGCAGAGCAUCUCGGCUACGCUGCAGCAAAGAGUUGACGACCAGCAUGGUCCCGGACUAGCCAUCGAUGUGGAAAACUUUGACCAGGGACAAGACCAGCUUGAAAUCCUUACUCAGACCUUUACCCCCAAAGAGGUUUUAUACAUGAAGACAUAUGAGUUGAUGGCAUCACCACUGGUGUAUCCUGGGCAGACAGUUACAGCCAAAAUAAGAGCCAGCAGCGAGGGGGAUGGCCAGGUAGUCGUUGAGUUGAGGCUGAAAGUAUACAGUCGGAAUGACGAAUUGGUUACAGUAGAUGGACCCUCCGCUACACUGAAACCAGGAGAAGAAUCCUUAUUGGACUGGACGAUCCCGGACGAAAUUGAUAGCCAGCCUAUUCAGAAAAUCGGUAUUGCCCUAAGUCCCAGCACAGCAACUACCUAUAGAGGUACCGUUUGGCUUGAUAGCCUCUCCUGGACAGGUGUGCCGAACAUGGUAGUUCGUAAACCCCUACAAGAGCCAUGCGAAUUUUGGCGCCGGGCCUGGGUCAAUGGUGCCGAUAACUUCAGCACAUCAUCAUUCAUCAUUGCCCAAGGACAGGGUGAGGGCAUUAUUACAUAUGGUACACGAGAGUGGGAUAACUACAGCGUCACGGUACCCAACUUCAUGAUCAAAUUCGGUGCUCCAGCUGGUGUAGCCAUAAGAGUUCAAGGCCUUAAUCGCUACUACGCGGUAUUCUUCACUGAAGACAAAAGAAUUACCUUGGUCAAGGCGCUGGACGCACAGAGAAUUGAACUCGCAAGCGAGGCGUUUCCGUGGGACCUGGAUCAAAAGUACAAAGUGAUUCUAACGGCUUGUAAUGAUUUGAUCCGAGUUCGUGUCGGUAAUGUGGAAUUACAGAUUGCCGAUAAUCAGUAUGCAUCGGGAGGUAUCGGACUUAUAGCAACAGAUGGGUGUGUGUCGGCGGAUUCUUUUAUAGUUGCGCCCAGUUCCUCGGCAUAA